GGCCGUCUGAUUCAGAGUCCUUUGCUAGCGUCUAAGAAUCCUGGACUCUCUCACUCUCUACCUUGAACAACUGCCACAUACUUGAGACGAAUAUCCCUGCCAUUCAAUACUCUACUGGCCAAAGUUAUGUCUAUCUCAGACUAUGUGGUCACGGACGACCUAACCGUCCUCCUCGGCCUCAUCUCAGUCUCGGUUUUUCUCCUGCACAGUCUAUACAGACCCCAACCGCUUGUUCAUCCCAUAUUGCUCGGUAGGCAAAGUGAAGCUGGUCGCGUGAGGCACCCGGGAGAGAGCGCUGUGUACAGAAACUAUGGAACAGGACUUUUGGGCAGGUUCCCUGUGAGGCCGGAAAAGGAUUUAAAUACCGUGUCUGGUUUUCUCAAGCCUGACUUUGACUCCCCUCGCACACUCUGGUCAACUAAAAUCACAAAUGCUCAACUUUUGGAACGCAUCUCAGCUGUUGGAACUGGCCUCAUCAAGCUCACUGGCCUUGUACCGAAAGAAUCAAACGUCCUCCUCUUGUUGAACGAUAGCAUUGAAUUUGUCAUCAGCGAUUUUGCACUGUCAGCCCAUUCUAUUCCUUCUUUUACACUCAGUUCGCCAAAACUUUUGUCUCGUGUGCUCGAGUCGCAUCCUCCCUCUGUCAUCAUUACACACGGGAGUUUCCUUCCGCACAUUCUUGAAUUGGUUUACGACGCACAUGAACACCACCAUACCAUCGUUGUCGUAGGCCAAUGUGACACGAAUCUAUUGCCGAAAUCUGCUACACAGGUCCGUAUCAUCCGAUGGGACGAUGUUGAAAGUGAGGGUUCCAAAGGCGAAAGAGUAUCCGGCCCUGCUCCUUCACAGGGUGACGUUGUCAACGUGUCAUUCUUCGAGUCCACCUCUGGUGAGAUACAAGGUGCACAGUUUACUCACGAAAACUUCACUGCCGGAGUUACUGCGACCCGUGCUUUGUUUCCUCCAUCCAAUGCUUUGUCAUCUUUGGAUACUAUUGCAUCUGCCCAUUCUCUUAGCACGGCCUUUGGACGAGUUAUUGCCUACACGGCUCUCUUUGAGGGAGCAAGUUUUACAACUCUCGCAACAAGCAAAUUGUUCCACGUUGACGUGAUACCUAAGGAUGACAUAGUCGAUAUCAAAUCAGCAGCUACUUCCUCCACUCCGUCUCCUACGGUUUUGUUCCUUAAACCUGGCCACGUAGAGGCCCUCUCUUCAUCCAUCCUCGCUAACGCCAAAAAGUCUUUCCUGUUUUACCCUUUCGCCUGGCGCCACAAGCUUGCAGGUGUCUCCGAAGGAUUCAUCACCAGGGAGAGCCUGUGGGAUCGAACUGUCUUCGAUGGCGCUAGGGAGAAGGUUGUUGGUCAAACUGCGAACACUACUAGAACUGUCGUCGUCAGCGGUGGGCCCAUUGAUCUUGCUUCUCUGACACCUACCCGGAUUGCUCUGUCUGUCCCUCUCGUCAACACGCACUCGCACCCCACUGUCGCCGGUCCGGUAUUUGCCUCGCAGCCGCUUGACCUCCAGGUAUUCCCGACCAAUUCAUCGGACAAGUUUGGUACACUUGCGCAUGUCGGUGCGCCGAGUAUCAACGUUGAAGCGAAGCUUGUGAACGUGCAGGACGACGUUGUAGAAGCGGGCGGGGAUCCUGUUGGUGUGAUAGUCGUUCGAGGACCCCCGGUUGGUAGCCUUAUCGAACCCACAGAAAACGGGGAAGGAUGGGUGAAUACCGGAGAGACAGGGCGGGUGUUAACGAAUGGUGCUUUCAAGGUGCUAAACACAAAGCAGUGAUGCAUGCUCUCACACCAUGUUACUUAGUAAAUAAGAUUUGUCCCAAUACAUUGCUGAAGUACACAUGAUGAUA